GUGAAAUGACUUCCAAGUCUGCUAUCUAACCCCGGGCUGUUAGCUGGCUAACGCGUCAGCUCGCUAGAGACUGAAUCAACUGAAAAGAAAAACGUCAUUAAGUGUAGCUAGCUAGAUUGUUCGCUUAUGUUUCUAACAAAAGCCGUUUGUAGGCUUCUAGCUAGCGCAUUAAUGCCACUUGCCCAGGCCUCACUAUGGGUGAACCACAGCAGGUGAGUGCCCUGCCUCCCCCUCCUAUGCAGUACAUCAAGGAGUACACAGACGAGAACAUCCGCAAGGGGCUCAUCCCCAAACCCCCUCCUCCCAUCCGAGACACCUACAUGAUGUUCGGCAACCAGUUCCAGUGUGACGACCUGAUCAUCCGACCGCUGGAGAGCCAGGGCAUCGAGCGGCUCCACCCCAUGCAGUUCCACCACAAACGGGAGCUCAAGAAGCUCAACAUGUCCAUCCUGGUGAAUUUCCUGGAUCUCCUGGACAUCCUGAUCAAGAGCCCUGGCAGUAUAAAGAGAGAGGAGAAGCUGGAGGACCUGAAGCUGCUGUUUGUCCACAUGCACCAUCUGAUCAAUGAGUACCGUCCGCACCAGGCCAGAGAGACCCUGAGGGUGAUGAUGGAAGUGCAGAAGAGACAGCGACUGGAGACUGCAGAGAGGUUCCAGAAACAUCUGGAGAGGGUGGUGGAGAUGAUCCAGGGGUGCCUGGCCUCCCUGCCCCAUGACCUACCCCAGACUGAGGGCUUGAGUGGGGCAGGGGAUGUGGCGAGGGGUGUUGGGAUUGGCGGGGCGUUGGGGUUGGACGCCAGGCUAAAGACUGAGCCCAUGGACGUGGAGGAGGCUGGGACUAGCUGUAUGGCUGUUGGGCCACAACAGGACAAAAGCAUGGGUAGUGCUGCUAAGAAAGACAGAGUAUUGGACAAGGAUGCUGCCAUGUGUAGUAUUAUCGACGAGAUCGCCUGAGUUUUGUGUUUAGAGCUAGGGGUCUCUACAGCAGGGUGCAAUGGUGAAGAACGUUCAGAUAUAAAAUUGUUCUGUAGAGCAAUGAUUGUCUGUGUAGAAUAGUGAAUCGACCACUCUGUUCAUUAUAUUUCUAUAUGCAACGUUCAGAAUCAAAAUGAUUCACCUUGCUGAAUAUAGGUUUUUCCUGGUCAUUAUGUUUGUCUCAUUGGUCUCUGUUGAAUUGUGUCGUGCUGUCAUGCUAAAUGUGGUUCUGAUCACAUAUGUCCACAGUUAUAGUAUCUUCUCUUAAGUCAAAGCAUUACUGAAAUGAUGUGUCAUGGACUAUGAAGACUCACCUUCCUUGAGUUGAGACGUUUGGGACAUCAUUGGGGUUUCGAUGCUGGUAAAAUUCAUAAUUUGAAAAAGUUUUAAUAAACUAAUUUCUACGUCCAA